GAUGUAGGCUUUUUAGAGAACGGCGCACAGUCUCGUCCAUUCACUUUCCUUUAAGGAAGGCAAAACCAAAGAUAAAAAUUGUUGAAAGCCAAAAUGCUUUGCCAUGUAACACGUCCCGAUUCGGUGGUAAUGGAGAUAGAAGUUGAUGCAAAGGCAAAUGGAGAAGACUGUCUGAAUAAGGUGUGCCGAAAGCUGGGGAUCAUUGAGACAGACUACUUUGGUCUGCAGUUCACUGGCAGCAAAGGCGAGAACCUGUGGCUGAAUCUGAGGAACAGGAUCUCCCAGCAGAUGGACAACCUGACGCCCUGCAGACUGAGGCUGAGGGUCAAGUUCUUCGUGGAGCCACACCUCAUCCUGCAGGAACAUACGAGGCACCUCUUCUUCCUGCACAUGAAACAAGAAGCCCACAGCGGGAGGCUGCAGAUGAGCGCUGAGCAGGCAGAGGAGCUGAGCGCCCUCCUAGCGCAGGCCGAGUUCGGGGACUACAACCAGAACACUGCCGAGUACUGCUACUCCCAGUUGUGUGGGAAGGAGCCCAGCCACAUCCCCAUCAACAGCAUCAUCGCGAGGCAUCGGGCUCUGGAAGGAAUGAGCCCAGGUUCCGUGGAGUACCAGGUUCUGCAGCUUGUGUCCUCGCUGGAGCAUUAUGGGGUGGAGUGGCACUGGGCCAGAGACAGUGACGGGCAGAAACUGGCCAUCGGGGUUGGUCCAGAGGGAAUCUUCAUCUGCAAAGAGGACUUCAGUCUUAUAAGCAGGAUCACAUACCCGAUUGUCCAAAUAGCAACCCAAUCGGGAAAGAAUGUGUAUUUGACCAUCACUAAGGAAACCACCAACAGCGUAGUCCUGCUCUUCAAGCUGAUCAGCACCAGAGCGGCCAGCGGCCUUUACAGGGCAAUUACUGAGACACACGCAUUCUACAGGUGUGACACGGUGACAAAUGCAGUCAUGAUGCAAUACAGCCGUGACUUUAAGGGCCAUCUGGCAUCCCUCUUCCUCAACGAGAACAUCAGCCUGGGCAAGAAGUACGUCUUCGAUAUUCGGCGCACGUCCAAGGAGGUGUACGACCACGCGAGGCGGACACUCUACAACGCUGGCUUUGUGGACUUCAUGUCCCGCGCCCACGAGCGCAGCUCCGCCCACUCGCCUGCCAAGGCCCCAGAGGGCGGGGCCAACUGCACCAGCUGCCAGCAGAGCCGGAUUCUGCAGGAGAAGGUGCAGCGCCUGAAGGAGGCGCUGUUGUGCAUGCUCUGCUGCGAGGAGCAAAUCGACUCUGCCUUCUGCCCCUGCGGCCAUAUGGUCAGCUGUCAGAACUGCGCUUCCCAGCUGCAGUCCUGCCCUGUCUGCCGGUCAGAAGUGGACCACGUUCAACACAUCUACCUGCCCACCUGUGCAAGCUUGCUGAACCUGGCUGUAACGGGUAGUGCCCACCUUGCCAUUCACAGGGGGUUGGCAUCACAUAACUGCCCGAGCAAGGACUACUCCACCAGUGAGAAACUCUGCCACACAUAAAGGAGGCAUCUUAACCUGGCUUUGUGUGUGUGUGUGUGUGUGUGUGUGUGCGCGCGUGCGUGCCCACGGUUGUGUGAUUGCUUCUUAGUUCCAAGUGUUCAC